GGAAAAACAAGCGAUCAUGGAAUAAAUCUGAGGAAGAGUGUUUGAUUAAUGGUUUGUUGGAGAUGAGUGCCGAUCCUUCAUGGAAAGCUGAUGGGAGUUUCAAAGGUGGUUUCAAGAAUAAGUUAGAGGAGAAAUUGAAUGAGAAGUUUCCCGGGUGUGGGUUGAAAGCUAUUCCCCAUAUUGAAUCAAAAAUCAAAUGGUUUAAGGAUAAAUAUAAUGUGCUAACUGAAAUGUUUCGCACUUCUGGUUUUUCUUGGGAUAAUGAAAAGAAUAUGAUUGUUUGUGAAAGGCAAUCUUAUGAAGAAUUUUGUAAGCAACACAGAAAUGCUCAAGGAUUAUGGAAUGUUCCUUUUCCAUUUUAUGAUCAAUUGUCAAUUAUCUUUGGUGCCGAUCGAGCUACUGGAGUGCAAUCUGAGACUUUUAUCGAAGCUGUUGAGAAUCAAGAGAAAGAGACCAUUGAACUAGAUAAGGGUGAUAGUGAUGAAGACGAUGAAUUUGAUGAUAAUGAGUCCGUCAACCAGUCAAAACAAUCAACUCCAAGUGAACCUUCUUCAAAGAAAUGCAAAAAGGAAAAGGCUCCAAAUGAACUAGCAAGGAAAAGGAAGAAGCCGGAGGUUGUGGACUUAACUUCUUCUUUUAACAAUAUGUCUUCUAGCUUUUCAAAUCAUAUGAAUGAGAUGAACAAGCACAUGUCUACCAUUGCAAGUGCCUUCUCUACUACACAACUACAUGAGCAAGCUAUCAUGGCUCGUGAAGAAGUUGAGGAAAAUAAAAAAAAAAUUUGGUUAGUGAAUUGCUUUGCAUAG